AAACCGAACGAACUUGACGUUGACCGUGGUAUUUACAUCAUUAACUUAAUUCACAGCGAUGUCGUAUUGUCGAGAAGAAGGUAAAGAUGGAAAAGACAGGAUUGUUUUUGUGACCAGGGAGGAGGUUUCUACCCCAAGUCAGGCCAUGAUAGCCCAGGAAGAGGAGGAACUCUAUGAUGGCCCCACUGGAUUUGUGCAGCCUAAUGGAGACCUGAAUUUUGGAUGUCCCUGUGUGGGGGGUCUCCAUGCUGGACCCUGUGGGUACGAGAUGAGGGAGUUUUUAUCCUGUAACUAUUACAACUCCAAGGACAAGGAGGAUCCCCGGGGGCAGGGCUGUGAUGAAAAACUAGACACCAUGAUGUCCUGCAUUCAGAAACAUGCUGACUAUUACAGGGAGAAGAUGUCUGGAGAUGACGAGGAAGAGGAAGAUCCCUUCACUAUCACAGAAAACGAGGAGGAGGAAGUGUCCUCCUCCCACAUCGACGUGACCAGCAGCAUUGUGAAGGACAAGGAGGAAACAACAGAGACUGGUACCCAGUCCUGAUGUUCAUGUGUGAACUAGUUUUCUUGUUGUUUUUCCCCUUUGUUAUGAAUGUGAGUAUUAAUGUUGAAAGUAGAGUGAUCCUGUAGUGGCUAAGAUAUUGACAAUUGUGUGUCAAAGGUACUAUAGUAAUGAGUUUUUUUAAUUAAGUAGACAGUUUUUUAUAAUUAUGUUGGCAUUUUUUUUUUCAAAUCAUUGAAACACUGUGUGAAACUUUGCAAUUGUUCUGUUUAAGGAAUCAUUUUUUUUGUAAUUUAUUUUCAAAUGUAUUUACUGCGCCUCCUUCUACUUUGUAUUCAAUGGCAUUAAUGAAUGAUCAAUACACAGUUACCAUUAAAUUUUAUACAUUGACAGUGAUAAAGGAGCAACUUCACAACUAUGAGCAUUUUUGACAUAUUUUAAAACCAGAUUCUGUACAUGUAAUUUAUGGCAUUACUCCAUAGCAUUCUUCAUGAGGAAAAUUUCAUUAGCUUCAAGAUUUUUCUUCCAAAAUAUUUAUUUCAUACUGUUAGGGGGAAUUAACUCGCAUUGUUAGUUGUAAAACUAAAUUUACAUCUUGACAAGGUUGCAAAUUUAGGAAGCAUUGAAUAAUAUAAAGAAAAGGUCAAUGCAUACACAUUGAAGACAUUGAAUUCAAAUAUCCAUGAUUAGAUACCAAAGAAAAAAAAAGGACAACUUAUUAUACAUCUGAACAGUUUUAAACCCUAUACUCUGUAAAUGAUUUAUUUAUAAGAACUUUAUUUUUCUUUUUAGAUAAUUUCAUAAAAAUAUGUGAAUAUAAAGUUCUUGCAAAUGAAAUGUGAUUUAUUGUGAAUCAGAUGCAUUUUAUAUUGAAUUUGAGUUGAAUUAGAGACUGCCACAUAUAUUUCAUUAAGACUGAGCGCUAGGUAAUAGGAAAAGUGUGUAAAUUUGUUUAUAUGUUGCAUUAUACUAUGGGCAGUAAAACAUUAAAAACAGACAUUAAAAAAUAGCAUAGGUGUUAUUAGUUACAUAGUUUUUUAGUGACAGGGUACGGGAUGAUACCUGGUUAGUAAAUUUCAUACCUGGCGAGGCGAAGCCGAGCCAGGUAUGGAAUUUACUAACCAGGUAUCAUCCCGUACCCUGUCACUAAAAAACUAUGUAACGAAUUUACCCCACCGAUGAAAUAUUUAUGCAUUGUCUGUGGUUUGUAAAAUUGUUUUUCUCACUAUAUAUAUGUUUCAUCACUCAUACAAUGCCUAUUAUGACGUCACGUUGUGUGACGUAAUGUUGUUUUGCGAGUGUUUCGUGCUGUAAUAACGUACUGACAGUUUUGAAGACUUUCAGUAAAGGGAGAAAAAGGUUCCAUCUUCGUUACUUACAUUAGUUAACUGUAACAUUGUCAACAGACACUCGGCAAAUCGCGUGAACUCGAGUUGUUCAAACGUUACAAAA